CAACCGAUAUUGUACAGUGUUUCUUCAAGUGAACUAGGAGCUUUAUGAAGACUGGAAGAACCCAAAUGGGUGAGGUAAGCCAGCAGUGUUUGCAACCUCAAGCCAAGAAUGACCAAGUGUUUUAUGAUCUAUGCAAAAAUGAAAAUAUGCCAACAGUUCUUCCUAACCCUUAUUCUGAACAGAUAAUCCCAUCUGGGGGAGUGUCACCUAUGAAAAGUUUGUCAAAUGACAGUCCAUCCAAAUAUCCCCGUUUUAUUAAGAUAAAGAACUGGGAAACAGGUGCUGUUUUAAACGACACAUUGCAUCUGAACUCUGGAACAGUAAAGGCAGCUGGCUGUACAGAACAGAUUUGCUUGGGAUCAAUUAUGAUGCCAAAUCAGCAAGUAGGAAAACCCAAUGAAGCCCGAAAAAUUGAGAAGCUACUUCCACUGGCAGCAGACUUUAUUAACCAGUAUUAUACGUCCAUCAGAAGGCAUGGGUCUAAGGCCCACCUUCAGAGGAUCGAGGAGGUGACAAACGAAAUUGAAACAACUGGCAAUUACCAGCUUAAAGAUACCGAGCUAAUUUAUGGGGCCAAGCAUGCCUGGCGAAAUGCUACCCGCUGCAUUGGGAGGAUCCAGUGGUCUAAGUUGCAGGUUUUUGACGCCCGUGACUGUACCAGUGCUCAUGGAAUGUUCAACUAUAUUUGUAAUCAUAUUAAGUAUGCAACCAACAGGGGGAAUCUCAGGUCUGCUAUCACAAUAUUCCCACAAUGAACAGAUGGCAAGCAUGAUUUCAGAAUCUGGAACAGCCAGCUGAAACGAUAUGCUGGGUACAAACAACCCGAUGGCUCAGUCAUUGGAGACCCUGCCUCUGUGGAGCUAACUGAGAUUUGUAUGGAGCAAGGUUGAAAGGGACCUAAAGGUUGCUUUGACAUCCUCCCCCUUUUGCUUCAAGCCAGUGGAAAUGACCCUGAACUAUUUGAGAUACCCCCGGAACUGAUCUUGGAAGUACCUUUCAGGCAUCCUAAGUUCGAAUGGUUUAAAGAUUUGAACUUGAAGUGGUACGGCCUGCCAGCUGUUUCAAACAUGCUUCUGGAUAUUGGAGGCCUUGAGUUUACAGCCUGUCCUUUCAGUGGAUGGUAUAUGGGAACAGAAAUCGGAGUCCAUGACUUCUGCAAUGCCGCUCGAUAUUAUGUUCUAGAGAAUGUUGCAAAACAAAUGGGACUUGACACUAGAAAGACAUCUUCCCUUUGGAAAGAUCAAUCAUUAGUUGAAAUAAAUAUUGCUGUUCUCCACAGCUUUCAGUCUGAUAAAGUGACAAUUGUGGAUCACCACCCUGCUACGGAAUCCUUCAUGAAACACAUGGAAAAGGAGUAUAGAUGUCGAGGGGGGUGCCCUGCAGACUGGGUGUGGAUUGUUCCCCCGAUGUCAGGAAGUAUCACGCCAGUGUUCCAUCAAGAGGUGCUAAACUAUCAGCUAAGCCCAUCAUUUGAGUAUCAGGCAGAUCCCUGGUUGAAUCAUGUGUGGAAAGGAGUUAAUGGAACUCCCACUAAAAAGAGAGCCAUUGGAUUUAAAAAGCUAGCAAAGGCAGUGAAAUUCUCUACUAAGUUGAUGGGGCAAGCAAUGGCCAAAAGAGUAAAAGCCACCAUCUUGUAUGCCACAGAAACUGGGAAGUCCAAAGUCUAUGCAAAAACAUUAUGUGAAAUUUUCAAGCAUGCCUUUGAUGCAAAGGUGAUGUCCAUGGACGAAUAUGACAUUGUGCAUCUAGAGCAUGAAGCACUGGUGCUGGUAGUUAAAAGCACUUUCGGCAAUGGUGACCCACCUGAGAAUGGAGAAAAAUUUGGAUCUGCCCUGAUGGAAAUGAGACAUCCUAAUUCAAAUUCGGCAGAAAGGGAGAGCUACAAAGUUUGCUUCAACAGUGUGUCCUCAAGCUCAGAUGCCCGGAAUUCUUCAAGUGAUGAACCAGAGCACAAAGAUACUUUUGGCAGGACUGGUCUUUUAACUAAUGUUAGAUUUUCUGCCUUUGGUCUUGGCUCUCGAGCCUAUCCGCAUUUCUGUGCUUUCGCUCGAGCUGUGGACACUCUACUGGAGGAACUUGGAGGACAGCGGGUUAUGAGGAUUGGAGAGGGGGAUGAACUCUGUGGGCAAGAGGAGUCAUUCAGGACUUGGGCUAAGAAAGUUUUUAAGGCAGCGUGUGAUGUAUUCUGUGUGGGAGAUGAUGUGAACAUCGAAAAAGACAACAACUCCUUAAUAAGUAAUGAUCGCAGUUGGAAGAGAACAAAAUUUCGCCUGACCUACCAGACUACAGCACCCAACCUCACUGGAGCCCUCUACAGCAUUCACAAAAAGAAAAUUUAUGCUGCAAGAUUGUUAUCGCGACACAACUUACAAAAUCCAAAGUCCAGCCGUUCCACAAUUUUACUACGGAUGCACAUAGAUGAGCAAAAAGAAUUACAGUACCAACCUGGUGACCAUCUUGGGGUCUUUUCUGGGAACCAUGAAGGUUUGGUCAAUGCCUUGACUGACCGAUUAGAAGAUGCGCCUCCUGUGAAUCAGGUCAUAAAAGUUGAAUUUUUGGAGGAGAGAAGCACAGCUUUAGGCGUUAUCAGCAACUGGAGUGAUGAGAAUCGCAUUCCGCCUUGCACCAUCUUUCAAGUUUUUAAGUACUAUUUGGACAUCACAACUGUCCCAAGCCCACUCUUACUGCAGCAGUUCGCUCUCUUGGCAAGAAAUGAGGAGCAAAAAAAAAGGCUUGAAGUUCUCAGCAAGGGAUUGCAGGAGUAUGAGAAAUGGAAAUGGUACAAUAACCCGACCGUUGUCGAAGUGCUGGAGGAGUUUCCUUCUGUUCAGGUUCCAACAACCCUGCUACUUACCCAGCUUCCUCUGCUGCAACCUCGAUAUUACUCCAUCAGCUCAUCUCCUGACAUGUACCCAGAUGAGAUUCACCUUACAGUGGCUGUUGUUUCUUACCGCACAAGAGAUGGUGAAGGAUCACUACACCAUGGAGUCUGCUCUUCCUGGCUUAACAGAAUAGACACAGAUGAAAUGGUGCCUUGCUUUGUCAGAGGAGCACCUUCUUUCAGGCUGCCUAAAGAUCCAAUGAUUCCGUGCAUUUUAAUUGGACCGGGAACUGGAAUUGCUCCCUUCAGAAGCUUCUGGCAGCAGCGUCUGUAUGAUAUUGGGCAUAAAGGUGUAAAAUCGUGUCCCAUGACACUUGUGUUUGGCUGUCGUCAAUCAAAAAUUGACCACAUCUAUAGAGAGGAGACCAUUCAAGUAAAAAGUAAAGGUGUAUUUAAGGAACUCUAUACAGCUUACUCCCGGGAACCAACAAAACCAAAGAAAUACGUGCAAGAUGUUUUACGUGAACAGCUUUCUGACCAAAUAUUCAAACUGCUACAAGAGCAAGGUGGACACCUAUAUGUUUGUGGAGAUGUUACUAUGGCAGGCGAUGUGCUGAAGACCAUUCAGCACAUCUUCAAACAGCAUGGGAAGAUAUCAUUAGAAGAUGCCGGGGUCUUAAUCAGCAAGCUAAGGGAUGAAAAUCGUUAUCAUGAAGACAUAUUUGGUGUUACUCUCCAUAUGUAUGAAGUUACAAACCGCCUUCGAUCUGAAUCCAUUGCGUUUAUUGAAGAAAGCAAGAAAGAUUCAGAUGAAGUAUUCUGUGCUUGAUUGAGAAGGUUUACUUGACAAUGAAAUCCUUGAUUUGGAAGAAGUUUAGUUCAAUCUUGAAGACUUCAUUGAGCAUCAGAGUCCACAGGAGAGCAGAUGUUGACAGGAUAUAGAGACAGCCUACUUAACCUUUUAUAUUUUUGCACAAGGGAGAUUGUUCUGUAAUUUGUUACACGGUGCAGCUAUUGUUGUGUCAAUUUUUUGCCAAUGUGUUGCUUUUAAGUAACUGCAACAUCUGCUCUAAGCAAACGAGAAACUUUUUUUUUCAGCUGUUCAAUGACAAAAAAAUUGUUGCAUGAAAUAAAAGCAACUUUAUCACUUCCUUUAUAAAAUAUUAAGAGCUCAGCAUACACAGGCUUCAUUUUAAAACACCAAUGUAUUUCUUCAGUAAGGAUAUAUUUUAAAGAUCAACAGGAGUUACCUCCUUGAUUUUUUGAAGAAUGAGUGAGAGAUGCAGUCCGCUAACUUGCUUUGUGUGUCUCUUACAAAGUUAGCAAAAAAGCAUAUCAAACAAUUACAUGUUUCUACUUUGUGAAAGCACAGUCCUGAUGUUUGCAUGCUUUGAAUGUGUAAAAUGUGAUAAUUCCCAGAUUAUGUGGCAAAUGGAAGAUGGUUAAAUAAGAUCUCUUUAAGAAUGUAGCAACAUGCAAUCACUUAUUCAUGAGGGCUGGGUACCAGGUGGACUGCUGGUACAGCAUAAUGGUGUUCUGUGUCUCAAUGGGGUCUCCCCAGCAGCUCCAUUAAUAAAGAAGUUACAAUCUCAACUAGAGGUCUGGAUUUUCAUGGAGUUGGGCUGAGUCCGGUGGCUCCCAAGACUGGGAUUCCUGCCUGUUCCUGGUCCUGGCAAUUUUUGCCAGCACAAGAUAAGGUUGCAGAUAGCCAGCCCGCAUGCAGCUCUCCCACCCUUGCCAACUCCAUUGAAGGACUGGGAAUUUUGACUCCACCUCCUGCCGCCCUGUCCACCCCCACCUCCCCCACAAUUUUGAUUGAGCUGGGCCCACUCUGUUAGUAUACCUAAUUCAUGAUACCUCAGAGGAAGUGUGAGCCAUCGGGGCGGGCAUUAGCUUUGAGUUGGGAACCCAAAAAAAAAGCAAUCAUUCAAUAUUCCCUUUGAAAUAUAUUUCUCCUUUUAUGUUCUAAUAACGCUCUCAAUCAAUCACAGCCAUUCAAUGACAAAAAGCUUUUAUCCACUUCACAUCUCUUAAUUGUGUGUAAAUAUACACAUGGGCAUUGAAAAAAAAUUUUUUCAAAGAAUGAUCAUGUUAUUACAGGGUAAUAAAUAUGCUAACCAAUCAAUGCUAUCAUCUCUGGCAAGCUGUGUCAACAUUGCCUACAGGGCUGAGUGAAUUAGCCAUUCUUGAAGCUCCGUCAAGCAUUCAUAAUGAGGCCAUCAACAAAGCCAGCAGAACAGAUGGCCAGACAUCUGUUUCUCUAGUUGGGAACUUUCCCAACUCAUGCUUCCCAUCUCUUUCACAGAAAUCCAGCCCAAUCUUGGAUAUAGCAGAUGAAGGUAAUCUACUGUUAGGGACUAGGGGAAUUUUUAGUAAAUUAUUGGAGCAUGACUCAAAUAGAUUUCAUUCUCACUGACCAGCUCUAGACAGCAACCUAGGCACAGAACCAGGGAGAGAGAAGAUGAAAAGGAAUCAGAUUUUUGAAGGAGUACAGGAUAUGAUUUCUAAAUAUCAUUCAAGAUAGAAAUGAAUCUUAAAAAUAAGUGUUAUUUUGAUAUUCAGGUAAAGCCAAGGUUUAGCUAGUUCCAAAAUACAACGCCAACCCUGUGCCAAUGAUUCUUUUGGUCCCAUUAUAAUUAACCCUUUAAAUAGUAAAUAUACUUCAUGACAGUUGCAAAGAGGGUUGUCUUAUGCUAAACACUAUCAUGCUAAAUUGAAGAAAUAGGUGAAAUCUUAUUCCAAAUCAAAAUGACUUAUCUAGAUUAAUCGGACCAUAAUUAUGUAUUGUCUCAAAAUGUUUGGUGAAAAAGAAAAUGGCGGGGUAUUUUAUCGACUUUGUGGCCUCAAUUAAUUAAGGUUUUUUGUGUGAACAUGAUGUGAUCAAUAACCAGUCGAUGCUAAAGGAAAUUCAAGCUUUCUGUCCUUCUUUUCUCAUUAUUUUACAUUCACCUACAGACUGCAUUGGUCAGUUUAUUUUAGACAGUUUAUUUUAAACAAUAGUAGUUGAAUUGAAGCAAAUAGCCAAUGACUUUUAGUGAAAUCGAUUCUGACAGGGAACUGCAAAAUGAUUGCGUUAAGCAACCUGCCAUUCAUAGGAUAACAUACAGUCUGCAGGAUGUUACUGGACCAAAUAUAUGAAGGGGCCUUAGUGGUAUCACAACAAUAAAGUUGGUUUAUUAUCUCCAUUCCAUGAUAUUUUACGAUGCAAUUUUUUUUAGCAGUUUCAAUGUUCCUGAGAUUGUUAGACAACAAUGAACAGACUUUGCCUGUGAUCUAAUUAAUUUGCAUAGAGUGUCAUGGGAAAGAAUGUCCCAAGAGCAUAGCAUAACCCUGACCUAUUAUGGCGAUACAUACAGAAUAAUCUACGGGAAUUACACAGAGGUUACAUGUGAGAACUUAAAUCACAAGUGGCCAAUGAAUCAAUCACCUGAAGCCAUCUGUAUUCCCUCUCCCAUCCUAGCAUCCAAUUGCAUUUUGAACAACGUCAAUAAUUUAUUUGAAACCUAAUAACUGUCUUCAUUUCAUUUGAGGCAUUGGUUUAAAUUGUAACAUGUUAGAUAAAGACAGUUCUUUAACAGGGUUUUCUUUCUAUUGUAAUGUCAUCUGGUAGUAUGUUUAGUGUAAAGGUUUUUCGAUGGUGUACUGUGAUGAAAAUAAAGGCAGGAAGCAAUUUUAGCAAAAUGUUUUUAAAAAGUGCUAGGGCUGAGAGAAGGCCUAUUCAAUCAUCAUAAUUCAUCUUCUAGUACCCUGAAUUGCUGAUCCAUAUUUUGAACAAAUCCAAUAUUUUUGAUUCUGAUAUGCUUAUUCCAAAAGCAUUUUUGAACAAAGAAAGCCUCCUGAUAUCGCUUUAUAUUUAGCUUCAUCAAUUUCCAUUUAGGAAAUUCCAUCUGGUCCUCCUCUCUUGAUGUACCAUUUAACAUAAAAUAUUUUGAUAAGGCACUCCCUUAACUGCUUUCUUUCUAAAUUACAAAGCUUAAACUCUUCUAAUCUCCCUUCACACAUGUUUUCGGGUGGGUAGUGUGGCAGGUUCUGCAGUAUAGUAUUUUUUAAAAGGGCACUGUCUUCAUAAGAAACUGUCACAUAUCCUAAUUAGCACCAAACAAUGUAUUUCUAGGAGAAAUGGGCAAUUAAAGCACUUUAAGAUGACUAUUGAAUUAUGGCAAAGAAUGGUAUUGCAUGUUAAAGUGUGUACUGUACUGAGGUGAGCUAUAUUGAAUGAUAUCAACAUAACUAUAUAACCUGAUGGGCUUAAUGGCAUUAGACCUUCAGUGAAAUUUUUAAAAAAUUGCUUUUCUGUAACUUUCCAAAAUGUUUUUGUCUUGCCAAUGUGACCGAGAUGUUCAUUUUCUUGUAAUUUAAGAUAAGUUAAAAUGAUUCUGGAUCUUUUACUGUUUCUGAUCACAAAAACUGCACUUUGUGAAUGUACCCUUUUUCUGCAUAAUCAAUUUUGCAUUAUGUACAAUACAUUUACACUCAGUGUAACAAGCUCAACAAAUAAUAAAAACUGAUAUUUAAAGUAAUUGUAAAGCAUAGAUUUAAGCUUUAUUGACAUUAUGUCAUUGAGAAAUUAUUUUUUCGGUUUGAAUAUGGUUUGAUCAAUAACUCACCUAGGCAGGAAUU